UUUUGGUUGUGCCUUUCAAGACGUAUGAGAUCACUUGUAGCUGUGCACUUCAGGGCGCAUAAGAUCACCUGUGGCUGUGUACUUUACGACGUAUAAGAUCAUUUGUAGCUGUGUACGAUCACGAUCACAAGCCUGAGGAUUCCAGGAUCAUUUGUGAAUACGCUACAUAUACAUACUUGUGCGUCAUGGGGCCUAAUAUCGCUUUAUUCAUCGGUGUAAUACUUCUUUUCCUUGGUAUGUCAGCCUCCUCGGAAUGUUCGUCCAGUCCCGUUCAACUGAUUGCAACAUCCAGGAAACAGGUCCUUACCUCACCCGGCUACCCAAACCAAUACGACAGAGCCCUGCUUUGUCGAUGGAUUAUUCACGCUGAAGGUGAAGGCGAAGUGGUACGACUAAAGGUCAAGGACACUCAGUUGGAACCGAGCACAGGGUGUCGAAGCGACUAUGUUCAAAUUCACGACGGGCCCCACCGGAUCUACAAGCCUCUGUACCGAUGGUGUGGCACGCGGAGACCUCCAGUGCUGCUGCCAACUUCACAUAACGUGCUAGCCGUUUUUAAAACCAACCUUCGAGAUUGCCGGAGGGGAUUUGCCCUGGAAUACUGGUGCGAACGAAAAGACGGUGUGAAGCAGACAAAGAUGACGCCGGGCGUUCAUCGUGACCUUUUGCUGGUUCUUGUUGGACUGAUAAGCUUCACCUUUCUGGCAGCGACACUGUUCCUGAUGGCGAACCGGAUUAAAAUUGUCUUGGUCUCCUGUAGAGAUAACAUUUACCGACCGGCAGUGGACCGGACGAGCUCACAACCAGGUGCCACAAAUACAGAAGACAGGAGCAGUCUACAGUUAACCAGCCCCCUGAGACCCCACAUCGAUUUUCAUGCGGUGGUGAAAAUGGCAGAAAACACCUUAAUCCGGGAUAUGCAAUUUGGAGGACAGACGGAAGACAAUAUCGAUGGUGUGAAACAAUCAAAGGAAACAGAAAACUCUAAAAUUGACAGGAAAAGAGUGAUGUACGUAUUCUAUCCGCCAAAAGAAGGCGCAAAAAGUCAAGGAAAAAUGGGUGAUCAAGUUGGCGAGUCGAUGAACACACAUGUUAGUGUAGACGACAACGCGAAAAUAGACAAGAGUAAGAGACAGUCUUUAACUACGCCAACGGCAGUGACGUCAGGGGAUAGACUGGGAAGUACCCAGAGCAGAAUGCGAACGUCACGUGAGCAAUCAUUAUCAACACCAGAGGUGAGAGUGAGUCCAGCGCCUGAAAGAAAUAUUGUGUGUGACAAGCACGUGUCAUCGGUGAUCAAAACAACCGUGUUUUCAACAAAACUUUGCAGAUUCGCAAAUGAUUAAAAAAAGUAACAGUUGAUUCUCAGGCAUUCGUCGGAGAUUUGAAAGGAAGAUGUCGAAAUAUUGAAUGAAUUAUCCGAUCUUUUCAUUAAAUCAUAAAUUAUUAUGCCAUAUUCAUAUCUACUUCAUGGAGAGAAAAUAUAUGUGAAGUUUUUAUUGUAUGAAGCACUUAAUUACAUGUGGAACGUAGUAAGCCAAUAUAUUUUACGUUUAACAACAUUUUAAAGCGCAGGUCGGUUAAUCGUGUGUUUCCAGAAUAACGAAGACAUACGAAAAAGAUCCGUAAAACUAUUAUGUGCCUUACGUAUCUUGAACACUUUAAAAGCCCGCACUUUCCCCCCGCGUGUAUUCUUACUAACAGUGCAUAUCAUGAUUAUUGAUCGUGGUAUAUAAUAAAAUUAUUAUGUACUGUUUCUUAUACAAGUGUUUAUACAAGUGUUUAUGUUUGAACGCCAAAAUGCAGAUUCCUAGCAAAAUGACGAACACUUGCAUAUUUUCACUUGCCUCUUACCUGAAUCUGACUUUUGUGUGAAUCUGGCUGU